GGAGCGGUGCCGCUGCCCAUGGCCACCCGGGUGCGGAGCACGGGCGCUCGCCUUGGGCCCGAGGAGCCCGUCUUCGCGCAGCUCAAGCCGGUGCUGGGCGGCCGGGAAGGGCCGCUCUUCGCCGGGCCGGCUCCCGAGGAGCUCAAGCCGCAGCCCAGCGCCGCGGCCCGGAUCCCCGGCGAGGAGAUGGCGCAGACCCGAUGUGAGAUGGAGAAAUACCUGGCCCCCCAGCUCCCUUCCGUGCCCCCACGCACAGAGCACAAGACAUACCGCCGGGACAGUGCCUCGGUGGUGGACCAGUUCUUCACCAAUGGCGAUGGGGUGCCUUACAGCGUCAACAUGAACCUCUACCUGCCGGACCUGACCCAGCUGCGGACAGGCCUGUACAAGGUGCACCGACCCCCCAUGGCCCACAUCAAGACGGAGCCAGUGGCCGCCUUCAGCCACCAGAGCGACCCGGCCCCCGGAGCUGCCCAGGCGCUCCCCGAGUUCACGAGCAUCUUCAGCCCCCACCAGACGCCGCCGGAUGUGAACAGCCUCUUCAUCAAGCAGGAGCUCUCUGCCCCGGAGCUGAGCCUCCCGCUCCCUGCACCCCCCCAGCAGGGCCAGCUGUACCAGCUCCUCAGCGCCCCAGAUUUAGACCUGCCGAACGCGGCCCCCCAGGCCGUGGGGAUGGACUCCCUGAACGCCGCCCCCCUGUCUUCCCCCAUGGCAGGCCUGAACAGCCUGUCCGCCGUGCCGCAGACGCCCAUGAAGCAGUUCCACGGGGGGCCUCCCUGCACCUAUGCGAUGCCCGGCCAGUUUCUGCAGCAGCAGGCCACUUACUUCCCCCCUUCCCCCCCAAGUUCGGAGCCCGGGAGCCCCGACCGGCAGGCGGAAAUGAUGCAGAAUUUAACCCCUCCUCCAUCGUAUGCCGCUACGAUCGCGUCCAAGCUGGCCAUGCACAAUCCGGCGUUGGCCCCCAGCAUCCCCGUGAAUUCGCCAAGCAUCCCGACGGUCAGGUACAACCGGAGGAGUAACCCAGACUUGGAGAAGAGGCGGAUUCAUUACUGUGACUACCCCGGUUGCACUAAAGUCUACACGAAAUCUUCCCAUUUAAAAGCACACCUGCGAACUCACACUGGAGAGAAGCCAUACAAAUGCACUUGGGAAGGAUGCGACUGGAGAUUCGCUCGCUCGGACGAGUUGACCCGUCACUACCGGAAGCACACCGGCGCCAAGCCCUUCCAGUGCGCCGUCUGCAGCCGCAGCUUCUCCCGCUCCGACCACCUGGCCCUGCACAUGAAGCGCCACCAGAACUGACCUGCGUCACCCGCUAGGCGCUCGGCAUCUAUGCAACGUCCCAGCGACCCACGUACCUUCGCCUUCGGUUAGAAUUAGCUAAGGGGUUGACUGCGUACGAACUCUUCUCCUUUUUAGAACAGAAAAAAAAAUGAUGAUAGAAGAAACUGGAAAUGUAUAUUUUGUAUAUUUAUGAGGAAGCAGGGAAGAUGCUGUCUUGGCAAGACAAGGGUUGUUUUGCUGCUUUAGUGCCCUGUGGCUUGCGCUUUCUGUCUUGGACUUAGUCCUACAGGUUCCAUCUCAGGGCUGCCUGUCGUGACGUUUUG